AUGGCAUCCACCACUUCUUCCUCCGGGGCACCCACAACGACCACAAUCAUAAAAGACCCCAUCACCCUUCUCUCCACCAUCCUCCGCCUCACAGAAAAGCGCAUAAUCCCGCUUACCCGCGCUGGCGUCUCCUCUGGCUCCAAGCUCUUCGGCGCCGCCAUCCUCUCCCGCUCUUCCCUGAAGCCUCUGACGGUAUCCACCAACAACGAACGCGAAUCCCCCUUGUUGCAUGGUGAAAUCAACUGCAUCCAGCAGUAUUUCUCUUUACCACCUGCCUCAACCCCAGAAGAAGCAGAAGAAAAAGAAGAAGGCCAAGUGUACCGCAUCCCCACAAAAGACACCAUCUUCUUCGCCACGCACGAGCCCUGCUCGCUCUGCUUGAGCGGGAUCACCUGGGCCGGCUUCAACGAGUUUUAUUACCUGUUCACGUACGAGGACUCGCGCGAUUUGUUUGCGAUUCCGUACGAUAUGGAGAUUUUGGAGGAAGUUUUUCGGGUAAAGGCGCCGGGGGAUACUGAGACGACCCUCAAGGAAAGGCCGUUGUAUAAUAGGCGGAAUAAGUUCUUUGUCGGCAGGAGCUUGGUUGAGUUGUUGGAGGAGGGGACAGCCGGGAUCGUACCAGAGACUGAGAGGGAAAAGGAACGGGAGAAGUGGAAGAAGGAGAUUGAGCGGAUUAAGGGCUUGUAUAAUGGGUUGAGUGAGACGUAUCAGGAGGGGAAGAAAGGGGGUGUCGAGAGUGCUAGUGUUUGGAAGUGA